UGGUCCAAUGCUGAUUUCAAGGUCUUAUUAAAUCUGUGGGUUCUGGUUUGUUUCUAAAGGUAAGUAUUAACUGAAUUUGGUAAAUAACAGUUUUGCAAAAGGCUGAUAAAGAUUGUUGUUGUCUCUGGGUUGUGUGUGUGCCAUGAGCUGACAAAGACCACUGACUGGUUCAGUGCAGGGACUUGAGUAGUCAGAGUUCAGAGCAAAAAUUUCACAUAUUUGGUGUGAGAUGAUACAAUGAACCCAUAUUGAACAAAAUGAAAUAUCUGACACUUCAUGAGUGGCUAACCACACCCCUUCUGCUGCUGAAUGUUUCUUCCAGAAAGUGUGAAUUGUAUGAGGAUUUCUGGGAGAAGAUAGGAAAGGAAGAGAUCAUGGAAGUCCUAAUAACUUGUGUAUUCAAAUUAAUACCUGCAAUAUGUGAUAACUUUUUGCUUUAACUUUUUAAAUUUUGAUUUGAAGCUUUUACAAAAGGCACUGCUUUCUUUUUGAUAUUGAACAGGUAGGUAUUGCAAGCCAUCUGCAAGUGUUUAAAUCUAAUCUGGCACAAUACGUUAAUUUUCAUUUCUCAUCCCAAAGAUUCCUCAUUUAAGCUUAAAGACGUGGUUUCUUUGCGGGAGAUGCUGCAGGUUUUUAGGUAUUAGGUCAGUUCAGGGGUAGUGCAGUUUUAUUCUUUCCAAGGCAGAGCUCUCCUGGUUAUUCUCGGUAAGCCUCUGUUAAAAUAAAACCAAAAAGAAAACGAGCUUUUGGUACAGCUGACUCUAACCCUGGAUAGAAUUUUCUUUUUAAAGUACUUAAUGGAAUUGACACAACAAAAGUUUAAAAAUGUACCCAGAGUGCAAGUAAACCUCAACAAACCCAUUUGAGAUGGAAAAGUUUUCCUAAAAUAGACAGUUCCUAAAAUAGCCAAAGGCAGCAAGACUCUGUGAUGCCAAUUUUUCAUUUGGAAGCUGUGGUUUGUUUUGUUUUUAGUGUCUGCUCCAUCAGCAAGAUGAAUGUGUAAAGCCUGGGUUUGGGCCUUGCCUGACAUGCCACCAGAUGAAAAUAAUUAACUGCCCCUGUGCACCUACUCCCUCCUGCUACAGGCAGAACAAGACGUAAACCUUGUUAUAACUCUGUGAUAGGUGCUUGGUUGCUCGGCAGUUGCUUUUUAUACAUUCCAGCAGGCUUGUGGAGACUGUGCUGCAGCCCACAAACCUACCAGAAGACAGGUUUGCUGCAUCUGCUUUGGCAUGAAGUAACUGGACUCUAUUAAGUGGCUUCCCAAGUCUCCUAAACUGUACAGUGGCCAUAACUGGAGCUCUCAGGGCUCUCGCUGGGCCUCGUUGAAAGGAAAGGAAAGUUUUCAUGGUGGUAACCUGUACAAAUUCAGCUCUGCUAAUGGAAAAUGGAGGGAAGGAAGGAGCAGUCCUGAGCAAGAAGCAGAGGAACUCGAGGAUCCUGAUGAUGAACCUAUUUCCAAGUUUUCCGGCAGUCUUUUUGAUAGCAAUGGUGGCAUGAGAGAUCAAAGAAAUACCAGAACAACUCUUCAAGAAAAGCACAAGUUGGCAAUGAAAGGGAAGAAUCCUCCAGGGACUAACACUAAGGUGCAGCCAGCUGUCUCCUCAGCAGGCAGCUUCCCCAGUGAGAGCAGCCGGAUCCCAGAGGAAUUGAGGGUGAUGGAUGUGCCACAGACCCCGCUGAAGGUAACCAUUACUGUGUGCAGCCAAAUGGGGAGCCUUGGUAUUAGCAUUGCUGGUGGAAAGGGCUCACCCUCGUGUAAAGACAGUGAUGAGGGGAUCUUGAUUGCACGGCUGCCGAAAGACAGCCCAUCAGACUUGGCUGGAGUACAAGCAGGAGACAGAGUGGCUGAGGCUACCUUCAUUUCAGAACCUGCUGUCCUUGAUGCUGGUCCUACUGAAGCUUCACCCAAGGGCAACCACUUCCCAACAGUAAAUCACAUCAUAACAAUACCUCGGAUAAUCCUCACGCGCCCUUCCACUUCUGAUGAAGAUACCGACCAGUUGCCCCCAGACCCUGAUGACUUUGAGCCUGAGGAGCCUGGCAGCGCAGGAGGCCAUGCCUAUUCGGACUGUCUGAGCAGCGCUUUUUAUCCUCCCUAAUAAAGUACUUCUCUGGAAAGAGUUAAUGGGUGAUUUUCUCUCCCAUUGUUUGAUUACAUUUAGUGUAGUACUUGAACCACUAUGCCUUAUUUAUAGCGAAAACCAUUAAAUGGAGGACGUAUUUGAGCUGGGGGAGCAGAACCCUGUUUGUUUUUCUUUGCCUUGAACUUUCCUUUGGCCAGCACUUGAAACAAAAUGCACUGGGUAAAGUUAUGUGAAUGUCACCAUGUGUUUCAGUAUCCACUUGUGAGUGUCCUACAGCACCUAAAUGCAAUGGUGAAAAAAGCAGGUGAUUUUUAUUCAGAAGGUACUUUACCCAUUUGGAAACACAGUGAAAAUAAUUGUAUAGUUUGUUGGUUUUUUUAAAAUCUUGUGUCCAUGUUUUGUCUAUACAGCUCAUCCUUUUAUCUGCCCCCGUGUUCUUUUGAAUUGUCCCUUUUAAUGUUGUUUUCUAUGAGAAUUAAAAAAAAAAAAUUCUGUCUUUAAUAGUGCUGGGGUUUUUGACCCACAGAGAAAUGUUAUUUGUGUUGGAAUUCUGUAUCUCAUUCUAGUGUAAUAAAGAAUAGUUUCUCCAGGUAUAUCAGUAAUGUGAAUAUAUAUCAGAUUUGAACAAGACCUGUAAGUUGCAUUUUAUUAGAUCCAAAUGCAGGAGGCACCUUAUGCAACUAUGUACCUGAGAGUGAACUGAGAAGCAAUUUCUUAUGCUUGAGGAACUGUCUGAGACUCUUUUAUUUCUCCUCCUGAUUUGCAUAUAAGCAGGGCACCUUUAAUUUGCCUUACUGCAGUAUGCCAGUAUUUCAUGUAUGUAUGUGUGUGUGUAUAUAUGAGGUAAGCUUUUAAAAGAAAAUGUUCCUGUACAACAGUGUUCAAUCCUUUAAUUCCCUUCACUGCUAUUCAGAUUUCUAGUGCAUUUUGAGAUGUUUAAUAAACAUAUGUAGAGUUCCAAAGUACUGCCUUAACUCAGAGGUGAGGUCUGGCCCUGCUAGACUGAAAUGUCAUUACUUCCUUUUCAUGUACAUGAAGUGUGCAU